AUGAAGGCCUUUGUGGAGUUAGGAGGGCUGCUGCUGCUUCUUGUUUCCUUGAUUUGGACGUGUUCUGGGCAAGAGCCAGUAUUGGUGGAAUGCAUCCACUUUAAUUUUCGUGCUACAGUUAAAAGGGCAUUAUUUCAUAGAGAUGAAUUAGUAGGCCCUGAUGAAUUAUAUCUGGGGACUGGCUGUCCGGCAAUUUACAUGCGACCAUAUGAACUUGAAUUUGAUUAUCCUGUGGCUCUCUGUGGAAUUGCAAAAAAGGUGUUCUCUGAUGGAGUUGUAAUUCAUUCCUGGCUUACCUAUAUGUCAAGGAAUCGAUUAACUUUUGCUGAACUUCAAUUGGAAUGUAUGGUUCCCAGAUUUUACUUUUGUCAAGAUGUCACCCUCAUUUUAGAUUUAGAAGCCAUGUUACCAUCGGAGGACUCUGAACUGCAGGCUCUGUGA